AUGUCGCCUUCGCUCAGCGGCCUUGGCCUGGCUUCACCGGGCCCCUCCGACGCCGAUUUAGCAGACUUUACCAGACGCUUCGAGCAAUUCCAGCUGUACGAGGAUGAAAAGGCCAAGUUCAUGACCGAGAUGAAAAAUCGGUAUGAAUAUAUGCACCAACAGUACCAGAUAUUGGCCACCGAACGCGACCGCGAUCGCAACUGGAUCCUCGCAUGGCAAAAUGAGAAGCAGCAAUACGAGAGGUCGCACCGGAACCUGCAGCGGAAUAUGGCUGAGAAUCCAUUUGUUAUGGUACUGAUUGACGGCGACGGCAUGAUUUUUAGUGACGACUUCCUCCGCGAGGGAGAGCAAGGUGGCCGCCGGGCUGCUGUCCAAUUGUUCGCCGAUAUCCACGAGUAUAUCGAGAAUGAGUGCCAAGAUAUCCCAUUUGGUUACCGCAUCGCCUGCCGCAUCUAUGCGAACGUUCGGGGGCUGGGCGACGUGCUCGUACGCAGGGGGAUUUAUGAAGACAUCAUCGAGUUCGAGGACUUCGUGCGUGGUUUCACGCGGGGAAAGACAUUGUUCGACUUUAUCGACGUCGGUGCGGGAAAAGAUCGCGCUGACGAGAAGAUCAUCGGUGAGUACCACUGUCCUACUACAUCUCCAGCCCCAUGUAUUCCGCAAAACCCACUAUCCUAA